CUCCCGUCCCCUCUGACACGACACAGCAGCAGCCCCCGAUUCCCUCUGAGCUGCUGAAUGUAAAUCACAUCACGCUGCGCUCACAUUUGGGCUGGCUGCAGCCUGGAGCCAUGCACACUGACAACAUGACGUGAGUGGUUGACGAUGCUAAAUGGCAGCACUUGAAAUAGCCUACCUGCCGGUCUGCGCACACACUUGCUGAUACGAUCGCGACCCCAUUAGCUGCGUUUCAGCACCGAGACGCGCUGGACAGCUCCUCUGUCGUUUUUCCUUGACACAAGAAAAAAACAAAAACAAAAAGUGGAACAAAGACAAACAACAGACUUUUUCAUUUGAUUUGAUCACAACAUUUUUUCACUUCGAGGAGUUGGAACUUUUCAGACAUGGAUUCUAAUCGACCAGCGAACGUCUCCUCUUUUGAUUUCGUUGGAGGAGUGCAACUUCUCCAGGGGGAGGACACCAGAACAGCCAUGCCGGUGAUCCUGAUCGGGAUCUGUGUGUCCGGGGCUGUUGGGAAUCUGCUCGUGUUGCUGAUUUUCAUCCGAGACUUCAGGAACGGAAGAGGCUCCGAGGUGAAGGCGCUCCUCGCCUCCCUGGCCUCCACGGACCUGGUGAUCCUGCUGCUGUGCGCCCCGGUGCGCGCCGUCACCUACUACAAGCAGACCUGGACCCUGGGGAGCUUCGUGUGCAGCACCGCCGACUGGUUCCAGCACUCGUGCGUGGUCGCCAAAACUUUAAUCCUCGCGGUCUCCACCAGAGCCAAGCACACGCUGGUCCCCUGCGCCGCCACGGGGCCCCUGCACAGCCCGACCUGGAUCCACGGAGCCCUGGCGUUUAUCUGGAUUGUGGCCAUGAUGCUUCCGAUUCCGCAGAUGCUCUUUGCGUCUUUGCAGCCGUAUGGCCGCGACACCAUCUGCGUCUCCGAAACUCCAGCGUGCGCGUCUGACUUCAUGAGUUUGUUCUAUAAGAUUUACCCAACGGCGACCUUCUUGGUGCCGGUCAUCUUUACGCUCGCCUACUACACCAAAACUCUGCACGCUGCGGUGAACCACGCACCCAGCCCGCAGCAGCAGAGCAAGGUCACCCUGGUUUUACUGUGUCUAAGCGGCGCACUCGGGCUCAUGCUGCUGCCGGAGUGGGGGACAUUCACCUGGAUGAGGCUCGGCUACAACAAACCUCCUGUGGGUUUGAUCAUCUUUGCGCAAGUGCUCCUUUACGCAUGCAGCUCCGUCUCUCCGGUGAUCCUAAUGACCAUGUACGACGAUGUGCGCCAAGGAUUGAUCACCAUCUGGUUCGUCGCCACCUGCAGAAGCUCCAGGAACAUCCCCAGGAUCAACAAGUGUCCCAAAACGGAGGGGAACGGAGCGGAGGUGGGAGCCAACGCCGUCGCCAACGCGGUCCCCGGCGAGCAGGACAAGACCUUCCCGGACGUGGAGCACUUUUGGACGGGGCGCAGGAAUACGCACGUCGAGGAGGAGCAGGACCCGGUCCCGUGGGAGAGAGAGGAGAAGAUGCUGUAGAGAAUCAGACGUGAAAGUGUCUUUUGUUAGAAGACUUCAACUUCUCAGCCGGUUUCUAGUUUGUUGACCCACAGUGCAGACCCUCGUUGAAAGGCUGUAGUGGCCAGUUUGCUGUCGUGAGAUUGAUUAGAUGUAAAAAUGAACUUGUACACUCUCGUGUUUUGAUGUUACAGAUGUUUCUACUGUAGAGAAUCUACUUUGAAUAUUUGCACUGUCGUAGAUCACCUUUAUUAGAGGUUUGUACAGAGAUGAAUCAAAUGUAAAUAUCCAGGACACUCGAGCACCAGAGGGUUUGUUGUGAUUGUGUAUGUGUGAUGCAUAACGUGGAUAUUAAACCAUUCUCAAAUAAG